UUUUUUUUUUUUCGUUCUUGUUUUAUUUAGCUCUCAUCCACAAUUUUCCAAUCAUUUCCCAAAAUAAAACAGAGAGCAAAAGCAGAGAGUGAGAGUUUCUGUACAGCUUUGGAGUGGAUAUCAAGUCUCAAACACGAAAGAAACUCAAGUUAUCAAGUCAGAGCAGCCAUGGCGGCAGCAUCAACCUGCAAAUUCCAUCCCACAAACUAUAAAUAUCUUCAACCUUCAAAAAGAAUAAUUCCCUACAUCUCUUGCAUUGCACAGCCUUCGCAGAGCAACAUUAAGGUGAUCAUAAAUGGGGCAGCAAAGGAAAUUGGUAGGGCAGCUGUGGUUGCUGUGACAAAUGCAAGAGGCAUGGAGAUUGUUGGUGCUGUGGAUUCUCACCUUGUGGGACAAGACAUAGGGAAGGUUUGUGGCAUGGAAGAGCCUUUGGAAAUACCCAUAUUAAAUGACAUUACUAUGGUAUUAGGUUCCAUAUCACAAUUGAAAGCAAACGCAGUUGUGGUGGAUUUUACCGAUGCUUCCGCGGUUUACGACAAUGUGAAACAGGCGACAGCAUUCGGAAUGAAAACUGUAGUUUAUGUGCCUCGAAUCAAUAUGGAGACGGUUUCUGCAUUAUCAGCAUUUUGUGAAAAAGCCACAAUGGGUUGCCUAGUAGCACCAACUCUUUCCAUUGGCAGCAUACUACUGCAGCAAGCUGCAAUUUCAGCAUCUUUUCACUACAACAAUGUUGAGAUUGUUGAAUCAAGAGCCACUGCUGGGGACUUACCGUCGCAGGAGGCGAUACAAAUAGCAAACAACAUGACCAACCUGGGGCAGAUGUACAAUAGAGAAGAUGCAUCAACUGACAUUUCGGCCAGGGGUCAAGUUGUUGGAGAUGACGGAGUGCGCGUGCAUAGUUUGGUUCUUCCAGGCCUUCCCUCGAGUACAACAGUCCACUUUUCCCGGCCCGGUGAGGUUUACACCGUCAAACAUGAUAUCACCAACGUCCAUUCUCUCAUGCCUGGCUUGCUUCUAGCCAUCAGAAAAGUCGUGCGUCUUAAGAAUCUGGUCUAUGGUUUGGAGAAGUUCCUGUAGCUUCACCAACACCUUCCACAUUAGCCGGAGACAUCACCGUAGAUAGAAGCAAAUGAUUUAUCACAUCAUUUCUUUUUUUGAGUUCUCACCAAUUUUUUUUGAAAAUUCAAGAGAUAACCCUAUUAAGAUUCACAUGUUACUACUAUAUGUUUAUAUAUUUGUUUCUCUUCUA